CGUUAUGCGAAUCUGCCCACCUUCGCCUUCACAACGCGCAUAAAUGCAGGCUCCAUAUGCUGCCUCCGAUGCAUCACAGAAGAUAGUAUCUGGAACAUACUCGUCCCAACCAGCUUUCUGCAACCAUAAUUCCUGCAUCAUCAUCUUGGCCCGAAUGACAAUCGGGGAGAUCAGGCCCAGCGGAUCGAACAUGCGAACUACGUUGGAUAGAAUGGAUCGCUUUGUCGGAAUGGACACAUCACUGGAUAUUGCGGAUUCGAAGGAUAAAACGUCAUGCUCUGGCUCCCAUGAAACACCAAGAGCCUUUACCGUCUCGUGUGGUAAGAAUUGCCGCGCUGACUGUGUGCCGAUUUGAUCCGCAUUUAAACCGGCGAGCACCUCGAGCUGAUUGGAUGUCCACUUUCGCAGCUCGAAGCCGCCUUUGGCGAGCAAUUGAGAAAGCUCGAUUCGCAACUGGCGAGCAUUUCCGAUGGAAUCAGCACCACCGAUGAAAUCGUCAACGUAGAAGUUAGUUUUCAAAGCAGCUGCAGCAUUGGGACAAGAGGCGCCCU